UUUAUGUUCAAAUGGUUCGAGGGUCGUGAAACCCCGGAAAACAUCAAGGACAUUAUAAUAUCAGAUGAAAAAGAACAAGUCAUCGACAAAUGAUGGAAACGCAUCCCAGGAGCCCGAAAUUUCCAAUGAUGAAAUUGACAAGAAUGAUUAUUGUGACCACGACGAUGAAGAUGAUGAUGAUGAUGACGAUGAUGAUGAUGAUGAGGCAGAAAGUGACGAUUGUGCAGACCUUAACACCAAUGAAACAUAUGAAGAUUCAAGCGAUUAAUAGUUCUUAAUUUACAUUAUUCCAUACGAACU